CUCAAAAAAAUAAAAAAUAAAUAAAUAAGUGAGAAUGUCGAAGAAAUAGGAGAAAACUAAAAUGAGUAACAAAACAAAAUCAGAGAAGAAAGGCAGCCAUUAAUUAGAUGAACAACUAUCUAAUCAACUUCAAGUAGAUACCACCUAACCUAAUCUACCAAAAAUGAAAAAUACAAAUCCAAUUCGCACGAAAAAUGUCGGGCCGCUUUCUUCUUCCUCAACCCAUUUCCCCUCUUCCAAAUUCAAAUUAUUCAGACCUCCUAACGCCAUCCCAUCCCCGCCCAACGCAAUCCCCUCUCUCCCCAACAUCGGCGUCAUCGUCAUACGCGCCUCCAGGCCGAGAACAUCCCCUUCCUACUCCUCGAAGCCUCUGAAACGGCGAGCGGCGAGAGUCGAGAGGCAGCGCGAGAGUUGGGAGAGAAAUGAAGGGGACGAGUUUGACUGAGAAAAUGAGCCUUUUAUAUAAGUAGCCCAAAUUGAACAAUGAUAAAAAAAAGCCCAGAUUAAAGAAAUUAUGCAAUGAUAUAAAAAGCCCAGUUACUAGUGGAUCGCAGCCCAUUUUUCCUCUAGGGUUUGCCCUAUUUUAGCAUUCUUUUUCUGCUUCUCCCCUCCCGUCCCCUCCCUCUUGUCUACCCCACCCCGUCGGACUCCUCCUGCUGAGCGCGCCGGAAUUUCGUGAAAAUGGUUUUUGUCAAAGCCCAAAAAUCGAAAGCUUACUUCAAGCGUUUCCAAGUUAAGUACAAGAGAAGAAGAGAGGGAAAGACUGACUAUCGGGCAAGGAUUCGCAUGAUCAAUCAGGAUAAGAACAAGUACAACACGCCAAAGUUUCGCUAUGUUGUGCGAUUUACCAAUAAGGAUAUAAUUUGCCAGAUUUUGUCAUCUAGCAUCGCUGGUGAUCACGUCCUUGCUGCUGCGUAUGCGCAUGAGCUGCCUCAUUAUGGCCUAGAAGUUGGGCUAACCAACUAUGCUGCGGCUUACUGCACUGGACUUCUUUUGAGUCGUCGUGUCCUGAAGACACUUGAAUUGGAUGAGGAGUACGAAGGAAAUGUGGAGGCAACAGGAGAGGACUAUUCUGUUGAGCCUGCUGAAAGCAGAAGGCCGUUCCGUGCCCUUUUGGAUGUUGGCCUCAUCAAAACUACUACUGGAAAUCGUGUUUUUGGUGCCCUCAAGGGUGCUCUGGAUGGUGGACUUGACAUCCCGCACAGUGAUAAGAGAUUUGCUGGAUUUAGCAAGGACAGCAAGCAGCUCGAUGCCGAAGUGCACCGCAAGUACAUUUAUGGGGGGCAUGUUGCUUCCUACAUGCGGACUCUGAUUGAAGAUGAACCUGAGAAGUACCAGUCUCACUUUAGUGAGUACAUUAAGAGGGGUAUUGAGGCAGAUAACAUUGAAGAGGUGUACAAGAAGGUUCAUGCAGCAAUUCGUGCUGACCCAACACCUAAGAAAUCUGAAAAGAAGCAGCCAACAGAGCACAAGAGGUACAACCUUAAGAAGCUAACUUAUGAGGAGAGGAAGAACAAGUUGAUUGAGAGGUUAAAUGCUUUGAAUGCUGCUGCUGGAAAUGAUGAUGAUGAGGAGGAGGAGGAAGAUGAUGAGUGAACCGUCGAUGAUAGACAGUAGUGUGUGAUAUCCGGGCAAACUUUUGCUUUGUUGUGGUAAUCCGAUGGAUGCUUCAAUUUUCGUAGGGGUAUGACAAUUUUUUGUUGACAAGAUUUCAUUACAAGAAUUGAUCCACUCGUGUCUAGACUGUCAAUCAUCUGUUCUAGUCUUUUUCUCCAGAUGAAAAUCUACUAGAUGUGGUGAGUUUGAACUCUAUCCUUAUCAGAGUUCUUAAUAAUUUUUUCUGGUUAUUA